AAUGACAUAAACUCUGCAAAUAAGAAACUAAAAGCCGACGCAAUCGUGUCUUUGGCCAGACAGUGGAACAAAGACUUCGGGGACACGAAUCAAGUUCUCAUGACUUUUGGCGAUGACUUCAAAUACAAUAACGCGGAACACUAUUUCGCUAAUUUAGACAAAUUAGUGGAUGCGGUCCAUGAGUUUUAUCCGGACGUCAAUAUCCUUUACUCCAAUCCUAUGUGUUAUUUAUGGGCUGUUCACCAAUUGAACCGUACGUUUGAAUUUAGGGAAAGGGAUUACUUUCCUUAUUGGUCCGGAUUCUUCUCCAGCAGACCAUCGCUUAAACGUCAGGAGAGGUCGACAAAUAAUUUGUUACAAAUCGCCAAACAAUUGGAUGCUAUGACUAGAAUCCCAGAAACGGAACCAUUCCUAGAAGAGGGUCGCAAUGAAGUGGCGGUUAUGACACAUCACGACGCUAUUACCGGCACUUCCCCUCAGAUCACAGUCAAUGACUACAUUUUAAGACUUUUCAGCGCAUCCGCGGCUUUGAAUGAAGUCAUCGACAGAAUGUAUAGAAAAUUAGUACCAAAACAAGAAUCAGACCAAUCAUUUCCAAACCAAAUAUUCUGCGAUAGACUUAAUAUAAGUGAAUGUUAUGUUUCCGAGACAUCCAAUGAAUUCACUUUAAUUGUCUUCAAUCCUAUCGGAAGACCUGUCAGUCAAUGGCUAAGAAUCCCAAUCCCUUCAAAUAACAAUUAUGAAGUUUCUGAUAGCAUUGGAAACAAAGUGACAGACAUACAUGUUGUUCCCAUAUCUGAGAGAGUACUGCAAAUUCCUGGGAGAAAUAGUUCUGCAAAAUAUGAACUUCUAUUUAAAGCAAAUCUCGAAAAACUAGGAUUUGUUACAUAUUUUAUUAAAAAGACAAACAAACCAUUAUAUUCUAACUCAUCUGUAAAAAAGAAUAAAGAAUCAAAUGUUGAGUUUAAAGGAAAGGGAUUUACUGUAAGUAUAGACCAAAAGACUGGAAACAUUGAGGCCAUCAAACUUGCGAACGGAAAUGAGUUUCCUUUGAGACAAUCGUUUAAAUUUUAUAAAUCAAAUCAAGACUCCGCUUAUGAGUUCUGUACUGAAGGACAAGUAAACGAUAUAAACAGAGAUAGUGUUAAAUUAGAGGCAAUUUAUAGCAAUGGAUCGGUUCAAGAGGUCAAACAGCAGUGGAAUGACUGGAUAUCACAGACUAUUCGUGUUUAUGAAGAUGAAGAAUACGUUGAAAUGGAGUGGACUGUAGGACCCAUUCCUAUCAAUGACAAUAUUGGCAAAGAAGUUAUUACUAGAUUUGAUACUAAUCUUCAAACUAACCAAGAAUUUUAUACCGACGCUAACGGACGACAAAAUAUGAAAAGAAUUAGAGGAACACAACAAAGAAGUUGCGGACUAUUCAAAGAAACUGUUUCUGAUAACUAUUAUCCAAUAUAUGAGCGAAUCUAUGUUCAAGACAUACAGAAAGACAUGCAGUUAACAGUUGUGACGGAUAGGGCUCAGGGAGGCUCGAGUGAAGUUGACGGACAGAUAGAGCUUAUGAUUCAUAGGAGACUCUUAGCGAGUCUCCUAAUCUUAACGAGACGGGUGUCGACGGAAAAGGACUGGUUCGGAAAACAUUUCAUAUUUUUCAAACCCAUCAAUGAAUCGGCAAAACUGUACCGCGAUUUGAAUCAAAGACUAUUUAUGUCGCCUUUGCUAACAUUCUCGCCGUUAACUCAAACACAAACAGAGUAUCGAAACAAAUACAAGACAUCCUAUUCUGCACUGAAUACAGAUUUGCCACCAAAUGUCCAUUUGUUAACAUUAGAGAAGUGGACCCAAAAUGAACUUCUCGUCCGUUUGGAGCACUUCUACCAAAUUGGAGACAAAACCGAUUUGUCCAAAGCAGUGGAAAUUGAUUUGCAGAAUAUGUUUAAAGAUAUUAAAAUUAAAAACAUUACAGAAAUGACUUUAAGUGCAAACCAAGAACUCUCGGUAUCACAACAGAAUCGAUUCAAAUGGAAAUCACAAAGAAAUUCAAGUCAUAAUCAUUUCACUUACAGUCAGCCCUCCAAUGAUGUCUCGAAGAUUCAAUUGAGUCCACAACAGAUCCGAACAUUCAUUAUGACCAUUGAGGACAACACUAAGAGAGGUAUUAAUAAUAUAAUAUUCUUGCAUUACAUCUUUACACCUUCCAAUGAUGUCUCGAAGAUUCAAUUGAGUCCACAACAGAUCCGAACAUUCAUUAUGACCAUUGAGGACAACACUAAGAGAGUCAACUGUUCCCUACAAUGGGAGUCCAUAACUGGCACUAAAAUACCUGAAAAUGCAAUCAUCGGUGGCUUUGAUAUCGACUCAAAACCUCUGUAUAUUUGCCGCCAUAAACAGGACCAAGAUAUUAUUCCGGGAAAAGCAAAUGAAAACAUCGGAUGUGUGGUAACGAAAGGAGGGAAAACCUACUCAAUUAAAUCGGGUUAUGAAGUACUUCAGGGACACGACUACGAUUGGGUGGAAAGGCAUGGCGGCGAUGCUGUACCCGAUCGGGCCUUCGUUGCCGGUCAUGACUCGAACUCAAACCCCAUAUUUGUGGGCAAAUGUGACCUACAUUUCGGUCAAAAUGAGACUCAAGUGGUCGGUAAAAUUCACCACAAGUUUUACUACGGAUGGGGAGAUGUUGAGCGCUCAGACUGUCUCAACCAUAUGGUUAUGUUUUACUACGGAUGGGGAGAUGUUGAGCGCUCAGACUGUCUCAACCAUAUGGUUAUGAUCCGGAGAUAUUUUCAUCCCUUUAAUAACUUCAAUAUACAUCUAUUUAUAUCAAUCAACGAAAUCACAGGAGAAUGUGGUUAUAAGUCGUGUACAGAAACAGAUCCAAAGAAGUUAAAUAUUCAUAUCAUAGCUCACAGUCACGAUGACGUGGGAUGGGUUAAGACAGUGGAUGGCUAUUAUUUCGAUGAGGUCGAGCCCAUCCUCACUAAUGUAGUCAAUUCUCUGGACAAGAAUCCAAAGCGAAAGUUUACAGAAGUAGAGAUCUAUUACUUCAACAGAUGGUGGUCUGAGCAGAACAAUGAGACCAGAGAUUUGGUCCACAAAUUGGUCAGUUCGGGUCAAUUGAGUUUUGCAAACGGAGGCUAUACUGUCAAUGACGAGGGAUCGGCUCAUUAUAAUGAGAUCAUCGAUCAGAUGACACUCGGACUUAGAAUUCUGGAUAAAAUAUUCGGUAAAUGCGGUCAUCCGUUGAUUUCGUGGCAAAUCGAUCCUUUCGGGGCGUCUAAAGAAAUGGCAGCACUUUAUGCACAAAUGGGUUUCGAUGGACACGUCUUCAACAGAGGAGUCAUCCCUAAAGGGGAGUUUGUUUGGGGAGGAAGUGCUGACUUGGGAUCAAAUGCCGAUAUCUUCACCACAAUUCUUCACAACCAUUACAGCGCUCCCGAAGGCUUCGACUUUGAAACGGGUAUUCAAAUGCUUUUCAAUACUUUCUAC